AUGGAGUAUAUCUUAACCGGCUACAACCAUGAAGUCCGACCUGUUCAAAAUGUAUCCAAAGCYGUUGAAGUAAGAUUUGGAAUUAUGCUGAGCCAGAUUAUCGAUGUGUAUUGGAAGGACGAGUUCAUUASUUGGAAACCAGAAGACUUUGGUGGUCUGCAAAAAGCUGUUGUUGAUCCUAACGAUGUCUGGGUUCCAGAUAUUGCGCUAUAUAACAGCGCAUCAGAAAGGCCUGAUCACGAUGACAGAAAUGUUAACAUGGCUUAUAAGCUGCUUAUUCACCAUACUGGAGAAAUAACCUGGUUAUCACCUUCAAUGGUCUCCUCUAGGUGCAAAAUGAAUGUGCUMUAUUUUCCAUUUGAUCAACAACAGUGUUCCCUUGAGUUUGGUUCUUGGAUCCUUGAUGGAAGUCUGGUUGACGUUCAGCUUCAUCUGCCAUAUGUCGACAAAGAGGGUUAUUCUGAAAAUGAAGAAUGGAYUCUUGCCGAUAACAAGGCCGAGAGAAUGAUCACUAARUUCAACUGUUGCCCGGAACCUUUCCCAUCAGUGGUYUACACRUUGGUGAUAAAGCGUAGAGCAUUGUUUUUYGUGCUCAAUGUGAUUGUCCCUUGUGCMCUUAUCACAUUCAGCUCGAUCUUUUCCUUCAUUUUGCCACCUAAUUCAGGAGAAAGAGUAUCCUUUCUCAUGACUGUYCUUGUCGCUUUUUCGGUUUACAUGAUGAUUGUCACCGAGGAAAUGCCACAUUCUUCAACUGUACCGCUGGCUUCCAAAUUUUUCUUGUCUAUUAUGGCCCAGCAAGUUCUUUCCGUGAUGGCUACAUGUUUUAUAAUACGAUUCUAUAACAAUGAAUCMCCUAUACCCAAGUGGUUUGAUGUUCUUGUCAACAAAUGGCUGGCUUGUCUGAUGUUCAUGAAGCCUAAAAAGAAUUCUGUUGUUCCUGGACAAGAUGACCUCAUCUUCAAAAAAGCUUUCUUUUUAAACAAAAGUGACACCCAAAAUGAAAAUAAUAGCCUUUCAAGGGGUAUCUCCAAAGAGAAAAGCUACAAUAUUGAUGCUCAAGGAAAUAAAGCAAUUUUGCAAAAAGUUGUUGAAACAAAUAUCGCUCUGAAAGAAGAGUUGGGAAAAAUYCUCSUCSAAUUAAAUGUUCCUGCUGAUCAUKUUCGUGAGAUUAAAGCGAAGGAGAAGCUACAAAGUGAUUGGGUUUUCGCUGCAAAUGUUUUAGAUAGCAACUUCAAAGUGAUGGCCUUGUAUGUUUGGAUUCUUUUCUUGACACUUUUUGCUUCAGGUACUACRUUCGCUCAGCCUGUCAACAACUCCGAAAGUCGUUUAAUCAAGCAUAUUUUAACCGGCUACAACCGUGAAAUCCGACCUGUGCAGAAUGUAGCCAACCCUGUCAAAGUAAGAUUUGCAAUUUUGUUGAGGCAGAUCGUCGGCGUGGAUUUCCAUCGCCAAAUACUGAAGCUACACUUAUGGAUAAGAAUUUUUUGGAAAGACGAGUUCAUAAAUUGGAACCCAAACCAUUUUGGAGGUCUAAUAUCAGCUGUUAUCGAUCCUGAAAAAGUCUGGACUCCAAAAAUUGCCAUAUAUAACAGCGCUUCAGAAAAUCAUGGCGAAAUGAAUUUCAAGAUGAUGUAUAAGCUAUCUGUUAAUCACACUGGAGAAAUCACUUGGAUGUCACCAGCUAUUGUCUCAACUGAGUGYAAAAUGGAUGCAAAGCAUUUCCCUUUUGAUAAACAGCAGUGCUAUCUCCAGUUUGGUUCUUGGGUGUAUGAUAACACCAAGCUAGAUAUUAACCUUCAUGUCCCAUAUGUCGGCAAAGAAGCUUAUUCUGAAAGUGAAGAAUGGAUUUUUUUCAAUAGCAAKGCAGAAAGACUGGUCAARAGACACAGCUGUUGUCCUGAGCCCUUCUCGUCUGUGGUUUUUACAAUAGGAAUAAAGCGAAGAGCRUUGUUUUUUGUGCUCAAUUUAGUUGUCCCUUGUGGACUMAUUACAUUCAGCUCGCUUUUGUCAUUCAUUUUGCCACCCAAUUCAGGAGAAAGAGUAUCCUUUCUCAUGACUGUUCUUGUCGCUUUUUCGGURUACAUGAUGAUUUUUACCGAGGAAAUGCCACACUCUUCUCUUGUGCCGCUGGCUUCCAAGUUUUUCUUAUUUCUGAUGAUUCAACAAUGUCUCUCUAUUAUGGCUACUUGCUUCAUAAUAAGAUUCCACAGCAACAAUUCGCCGAUUCCAACGUGGUUUGAUGUUCUUAUCAACAAAUGGCUGGCGUAUUUGCUCCUCAUGCACAAAGGAAAAACUUCUGUUAGUACUACCUGUGAAGAAGAUAACCUCUUCAUAAGUAGAGCUUUCUCUUUAAACAAAGAUCCUCAAGACGAAACUAACGGCCUCUCUUCUGAAAUAUCUAUCAUUAGAAGACCAAAAAGCAACAAUGCAAGACAAGAUAGAGAAAGAGGGAAUUGGCAGGAAGAAAUUGGCACACGCGUUAAGCCACAAGAAGACUUGGACAAGCUCUUGGCCGAAGUUAAAGUUCCUGCAGACCAUUAUCGAGAGAUCGAAGCAAAGGAAAAACUCCAGGAUGACUGGAUUUUUGCCACAAGAGUUUUGGAUAGGUUUUUCCUCGUCCUWUUGACAACUAGCUAUUGCUUUUGUCUGUUUUUGGUUUUCUCUCAUCAUGACCAUUGAUUGUGAUUUGUAAAAUUUGCUGGUCGUCUCAGUUGUCACCUGGUAGAUGCAUGACUCCAGGCUAAAGYGAACUUAUAACCCAAAGGUGAAACGAAAGUUUUAAGAAAGGGAUGAMCAUCAAUCUCGUACCCAGAGCCCACGCUUUUACCAUCCAGUGGAUGACUGCGUGAGAGACUCUGGUGGAAUCGACUGGAUUUGCGACGCUUUUCCGUAGCAAAUUGUGCAAAUGAGGUCAAAUUUGUUUUCUGGUUUUAGAGCGUUAAAAUGACAAAAAAAGAAAAA